AUGGAAAUGGGUCAACCUCGCGACACAACUAUACAGAAUGAAUCGGGAUAUGAUAAUGGAGGAGAAGAAAAUUUAAUGCAAUUUGAUGAUAUCAUUUCUCUACAAUUAGCGGUACUCAUUAAUUCAUAUGAUCAAACACAAGAGAGAAAUAAUCCACUACAUUCAGUUACACUUGACUCUGGAAUUCAAAUAUUUUUUGAACGGUUAAAAUAUGACACUAUUUUGUGUAUGGCUGAUUCAUCAUUUGACACUAUUAUUAUACAAAAAGUAAUUAAUUUAUUAUUAGCUCUAAUUAAAUUUCAUCUUGGCGUACUUCCAUUCAAUAAAUCGAAUAAUGAACCAAUCAUUGGAGAUUUAAUAUCAGUUCGAAUAUCAGCAGCUAUACAACUAUUUCUCAAUGAUAUUAAUUCAAAUCAAGCUUAUUUAUUUGAAAGUUGUGAAUAUUUAUAUAUGAAUUCAUUAGUGAAACAACAUUGUGUAGAAUCAUUCAUUUUAUUAGCCAAAGAAAUUCAAUUAUGGUUAGAGACACAACCAUCAAUUAUGAUUAUAUGUUGUAGAGAUAAAAUUGUCUAUUUUCAAACGAGCUCUGAUUGGUGUCGUCCAAGUUCUGCUGAUUUAUUUUUAUUACUAUUAAAUAACUCUAGUCGUCAAAUUAGAAGUCAAUUUACAGAGUUAAAGGAUAGUGCCGUCAUUGCUCAUAAGUACAAAUGGAAAGAUGAAACUUUGACGAAAGGCACAUCAUCGAACAUAAGAGCAUCCUUCUCGCACGAUACUACCGACAGCACACUUGGUACUUUAAUUCCAAAUGUACCGCAACGAUCAAAAUCUGUGCCAAUAAUUCAUUUUGAAAAUGCGUAUAAAUUACAUGGCUCAGAAACGGUCUUUUUAAAAACGACAAAAAGUAAUUGUGCACCAUUUAUGUUAUUAACAAUACCGUUGACAAAUGAAAUAAGUGUAUUAUCCUUAAUAGAAUGGAAAACAUCGGCCUUAUCAACAAAUUUGUAUGAACUAACCAGUUUAGUAGAUGGUUGUAUUUUACAACAAAUUAUCCCAGAAUCAAAAUUAUUGGAUCAGAUGGCCUAUCUUGUUCGAGUUAUUGAAGGUUAUGAUAUUGUAAAAAAAAAUCUUGAAGCAUCCAGAACACAAUCGGUACUCAUGUCCGAAAAGUUGAAUACAUUAUUUACUCAAAUAUUGAAUAAUACUGUUGUUUCAGCUACAUAUGAGCGAAUAACGCCACAUUUGACUCACAUAAGUCGUACGGCUACAAAAUUAUUUCGCGAUUUAUUUUUUGAUUCAAAUGAAUAUUUGAUUACGGAUGAUAAAAAUAAGGAAGUAUUACAAAUGGAACCUAUUUUUACUGAUACAUUAGAUAAUGAUGAUACUGGACGGUCACGUAUAAAAAAUCAACCAAUUUUUAAUUUUGGUGCAUAUUCAGAAAUAACAGCAAAUAUUAAAUACAAAUUAACGAAACAAUUACAAGAUUGUUUCAGUUUUAUAGAAGUCAAAGCACAACGAAAUAUUACCAUGAUUAAAGAUAAAAAAGAAAACUUGUUUUCUUUAACAAACAGUUGUUACAAUGAAUUUCCGGGUCUUGCUCAUUUUGUGUUUACCGAUAGAAAACGUGGUAUCAUAUGUACACCAGCAUUAAUGCAAACAUGGACAAGUGAACACGUUGAAGUAUCAUCAAAUUCAACAAAAUUAGCCUAUCAAAAAAUUCAUGAUUUUGAAUUAGAAUGUCUUAAACAACUACAGAAUGGUUAUACAUCCUAUACCGUAGCUGAUGAUCAUUUUACAUAUAAUUACACUCUAUGGAUGGAAGAAAAUAAUGUAUGUUAA